GUCGUUUCACUGCUAUAUUUCCUUACAUUUUGAGGAUACAGUCAAGCUACAUAUUUUGCCAUUGAGAAGGUUUACGUCUUCGGUGGAAUUUGGAUUUAGAUGCAGUUAUCCAAGCUGAGAGGAUGGGAGCUGUAGGACAAAGGCGAGGUCUCUUUCUCUGCAUCGCAUUGGUUUGUCUGGAGCAGGUUGGAGCACAAAUCAAAUAUUCCAUUGCCGAGGAAGUCAAAGUGGGAACGGUGGUGGGAAAUGUCGCCAAGGACCUGGGAUUGGACAUCAGCACUUUGGUGGAGAGACGUUUUCGCAUUGUUUCAGGCAUGGAGGGGGCUCAGUUUGAGGUAAAUGUGAACAAUGGCGUCCUCUUUGUGAGUAAAACCAUCAACAGAGAGGAGCUUUGUGAGGGUGUUUCACCGUGCUUAGUUAAUCUGAAAUUAGUCGCUGAGAACCCCAUGGAAAUACAUCAUGUCAUCAUAGAAAUUAUAGAUAUUAAUGACAAUUCACCCACUUUUCAAGAGGAAGAAUUCAUUUUGGAAAUAUCCGAGUCCACACUUCCGGGUAGACGCUUUCAGUUACCAAAUGCACGCGACCCCGAUGUUGUCACAAAUACAGUGCGUGUGUAUAAAUUAAAUAUCAAUGAAUAUUUUAGUGCACAAAUUAGAGAAAUAGGUGAGGACAAGGUACCAUUUUUAGUAUUACAAAAGUCUCUAGACCGAGAAAAGAAUUCUGAGCACAGGCUUGUUCUCAGUGCAGUUGACGGUGGAAAUCCACCAAGAUCUGGAACUCUUAAUGUCACAGUGAAAGUCCUGGAUUCAAAUGAUAACCAUCCCACAUUUUCGCAAGAUGUCUAUUCUGUCACGUUAUCUGAAAAUGUGAAGCCUGACACAAGCAUCAUUCAGGUUGAAGCAACUGAUUUAGAUGAUGGAUUAAACAAGGACAUUGAAUAUUACUUUGGAGGACAACUAGAUUCCAAAAUGUAUGAAAUGUUCAGUUUAGAUAAAAUCACUGGAGAAAUAAGGGUGAAAGGCCAAAUUGAUUUUGAGAAGGUAGAUGUUUACAAAUUAGAUGUCCACGCCACAGACAAAGGACACCCACCAAUGAGCACCUAUUGCCGGGUGAUCAUAAAAAUACUUGAUGAAAAUGACAACCAACCUGAAAUAGACGUGACAUCUCUUUCCAAAAUGAUAGCAGAGGAUUCAAAACCUGGGACCGUCAUUUCUCUUAUUAGCAUUGCCGACAAAGACGUCGGCUUGAACGGAAAAGUCAGAUGUAGUCUCUCAGAAAAUGUCCCAUUUGAAUUAAAACAGUCAUUUCAAGACAACAUGUAUUCGCUGAUUCUGAAAGACGGACUGGAUCGCGAAUUAGUGGCGGGAUAUGACAUCAAAAUCACAGCUACAGACUGUGGUCUGCCUCCUCUGUCUACUUUUAAAAAUCUGCAUGUCGACGUGUCAGAUGUUAAUGAUAAUAUUCCGACAUUCUUGCACAGUCCAAUCCAACUUUAUUUGCUAGAAAAUAACGUGCCAGGGAAGUCCAUUUUUUCUGUCACUGCAUUUGAUAAAGACUUGAAUGAAAACGCGGCGCUGACUUAUCACAUUAACAGAGGAGAAGAAAGCCAGGUUAAAAUGUCAACAUUUUUAAACAUCAACCCUGAGAAUGGCGUAAUAUCAGCUCUAAAAAGUUUUGACUUUGAGACGCUGAAAAGCUUCCACUUCCAAGUGGUGGCCACGGAUGGUGGGAGUCCUCCACUGAGCAGCAACGUGACAGUGAAGGUGUUCAUUCUGGAUCAGAACGACAACGCUCCAGUCAUCCUGUAUCCAAUCAGCUCCAACGGUUCUGCCCAGGGUGUGGAGGAGAUUCCCCGCAACUUCAAAGCGGGAGACUUGGUGACCAAAGUUCGAGCCUACGACGCCGACAUCGGCUACAAUGGCUGGUUGCUCUUUUCGCUGCAGCAAGUCAGCGACCACAGUCUGUUUUCUUUGGACCGCUACACGGGCCAGAUCAGAACACUUCGCUCCUUGACGGAGACGGACGAGGCCGAGCAUCGCCUGCUCAUCCUGGUCAAAGACAACGGCAACGUGUCGCUCUCGGCGAUGGCUACCGUGACCGUCAAACUCGUGGAGCCCAAAGAGGCUUUUGCUGCUUCCGACGUGAAGAGUGUGGCUACGGUGGACGAGGAGGACAAUGUGACUUUUUACCUGAUGAUCACUUUGGGCUCGGUGUCGCUCCUUUUUGUCAUCAGCAUCAUCGUGCUGAUCGCCAUGCAGUGCUCCAAAUCCACAGAGUACACUUCCAAAUAUCUGCAAGAAACCAAUUAUGAUGGCACGCUGUGUCACAGCAUUCAGUACAGAUCGGGAGACAAACGCUACAUGUUAGUUGGACCUCGAAUGAGUAUCGGCUCCACCAUAGUACCGGGCAGCCACGCCAAUACUCUGGUGCUCCCUGACAGGAGACACACUUCUGGCGAGGUAAGAAAGACCAUUUCCUCUUUUAUACCCGACAGCUGUGUACAAAAGUGA